UCCGGGGCAGCGAGUCCUUCCUGCGGGCGAGGCGGGGCGGUGCAGCCUCGGCCCGGCCCGGUUCGGCUCGGCUCGGCAGCCCCGCGGCCCGCCGCAGCAUGUGAGCCCGGCGGGGCGGGGAUGCUCUGGCUGCUCUGCGGCCCCUCCCGCGCCAUGGAGAGCCAGGCGCUGGUCAUCCGCAUCAAGAUCCCCGACGGCGGGGCCGUGGACUGGACCGUGCACUCCGCGCCUCAGCUGCUCUUCAGGGACGUGCUGGAUGUCAUCGGUCAAGUUUUGCCAGAUGCAACGACAACAGCAUUUGAGUAUGAAGAUGAGGAUGGUGAUCGGAUUACAGUCAGAAGCGAUGAAGAAAUGAAAGCCAUGCUAUCCUAUUAUUACUCCACUGUAAUGGAACAGCAAGUAAAUGGACAGUUAAUAGAGCCUCUCCAGAUAUAUCCAAGAGCCUGCAAGCCUCCUGGGAAACGGAACAUACAUGGCCUGAAGGUAAAUACAAGAGCAGGGUGUGCUAAUAAUAGCAGUUCGGCAGUCUCGGAUUCCCUUCCAAGCAAUAGCUUAAAAAAGUCUUCUGCAGAGCUGAAGAAAAUACUUGCAAAUGGCCAGAUGAAUGAACAAGACAUACGGUAUCGAGACAUCCUCGGUCAUGGCAAUGGAGGCACAGUCUACAAGGCAUACCAUGUCCCUAGUGGAAAAAUACUAGCAGUAAAGGUCAUACCAUUAGAUAUAACACUGGAACUCCAGAAGCAGAUAAUGUCAGAAUUAGAAAUUCUUUAUAAGUGUGACUCAUCAUAUAUCAUAGGAUUUUAUGGUGCUUUUUUUGUAGAAAACAGAAUUUCAUUGUGUACAGAGUUCAUGGAUGGGGGUUCUUUGGAUGUUUAUAGAAAAAUUCCAGAACAUGUACUCGGAAGAAUAGCAGUAGCUGUUGUGAAAGGCCUUACCUAUUUAUGGAGUCUAAAGAUUUUACACAGAGAUGUGAAGCCGUCUAAUAUGUUGGUGAACACGCGAGGCCAGGUGAAGCUGUGUGACUUUGGGGUUAGCACACAGCUGGUGAAUUCUAUAGCCAAGACGUAUGUUGGAACAAAUGCUUAUAUGGCGCCUGAGCGGAUUUCAGGAGAACAGUAUGGAAUUCAUUCGGACGUUUGGAGUCUAGGGAUUUCCUUCAUGGAGCUUGCUCUUGGGAGGUUUCCAUAUCCUCAGGGUUUUCAGUUGUGUUAUUGCUACCAUUUUACUAUUUGAAAUUCUUCAUGGGAAGUACAAAAACGUGACAGUGGCCAUCUCCUCCCUGAUCCCCGCGUUUCUGAGCAUCGCGUGGGGUAGCAACGCACCAAAUGCUCGAGCUUUGGAGCUGCACUUGGAUCCCUCGAGACCAACCUGCCUCCUAAACUUCUUACCUCCCAGCGGUGCACGAAAACCAGACGGUUAGGGGAGGAAGAAAAGGAGCGCGGGUGAACAGGAAGAUAAAACGUUUUAUGUUGAGUACUUUUAAAACUGUUCUUAAUGUGCUAUAAAACUGGAUGCUUCACUUUUUCAUGAACUGUGUGCAAAAGGAGAAGCACUGACUGUAAAGUUGUCGUCAGUUAGGUUUGGUUUAUAGUUGCAGAGGCUGCCCAAUAAUGUCAUCUUGGAAAAGGUAAACAACAUAGUUUUAACAGUGAAAAAUAUGCCUAAUAUAAAUACAGCUAAGUUCAUUGCUGUUCAGAACUUGAAAAAUAUGACUGUAACAUUGCAUUUUCUAGUGGAGUUAACAGAGGAGCACAGUGCAGCCUUACAAGCAAUAUAUCUGAGACAGAGAAAAUAGGUAAUACAUCUAACUGGGGAGUCUCUGUGGCAUUCGCAUAGAGGAAAGCACAGUAGCUUUAUUUAAUUGAGAAAAUGAAUCAAUUACAAUGAUGUUGCAUCAUCAAAUGCAAGUGAAAUAGCAAAUAUGUCAUUACAUCGGGUAACAGUGUUAAAAAGUAAUUGAGUGUCUUAAGCAUUUUGAAUCAAUUCCAGGUACUGGCACAGCUACCUUAAUGCAAAAUUUAUGAAGAUGAUCUCAAAAUAAUAUGUUGCCAUCAAAAUGGUGUAAUAAAACCCAGUAACAACGUGUGUGUGAGCAAGCACACGACUCUCCCUCUCGCAGAAGCUGGGCCUGCCGCUCCAGCAGAGAGUUGCAGUGUCACAGGAACAAUUCUGUAAUACUUUGAUUUAUGUUGCUUUGUCAUUAGAAGCACUGAACGCUUUUAUUAGAGAUAAUAUUUUAAAUCUUGUUCCAAAAUUGGAUGUAAUCAUAUCUGUGUUGAGGCUACUACAUAUGAUUCCACCUCUAUUCCUUUUCAUGACAAGACCUAUUUUUCCAGCAAGGAAAUGUGACUGAUACUGUGUCGCCUGUUCAUGUGCGCUAAUCUAAAGAAGCUCCAAAUCAUCCCUAUUGAAUAAGCUGAGUCUAUUUUAUCAUUUAGCAUCUGGAAGUGAAGUAUGGGGAGAAAGGGGGGAAGUCUUUUUAUAUCCACAGAAUAUUGUGCUUACUAGCAAUAAUGCAAAACAGCAAAUUUAUUCUGUUGAGUUGUAGUAGAUUGACAUUGACCAUUAAAAAAUAUAAUGGGCUA